AAACCACUGUCAGUGCCUCAUAGCUAGCUUGAUUUAGCUCCUUUGCUAACUAAUGCCCAGCAUUAUUUUACACCACUUUAUGUGGUAAAAUCGCCUUGCACCUAUGUCGUUAUAUUUGACAAUACACAUGAUUCGUCACGACGUAUAAGGACAUGUUGAAGAUUAACUUUUAGGUUAUAAAAUCUGUUAGCACGGGGCUAGCUGGUGGUAAACGCAAAACAGCACUGACUCAGGGAAACAGUGGACAGUCCAAGGAUAAACUCUUCGUUUGAACUUCCCUCCCGGGGGUAGUUUACGGAUUAAUUCAGCAUGUGACCAGGGCUCAGCAGCCAUAAUUUCAGCUCUCUCACAUGCUUUCCUCUACGAGGCUGCAGCGUUAGCUCACUGGCUGUAGCUUGUAGUUAGCUUGGACAGGCUUUCCGUCUUAAAAUCUUCUCGUUGUUAUGGUUCGCCUCCCCUAAGGAUAGGAUAGCAGUGGACGAUAGGUUUGGGCUGGCUUCGCUCAUCACCAUAAGCACACGGUCCUGAAGAUGGAUGAGGCAUCUCUGACGGUCAUCAAUGAGCUGGACACUGAUGUGGUGGUGUCCUGGGUGUCAGAGCACUGCUACCAGUGUUUGUACCAGCAGCUAGGGGUGGUACCUGGAAGGCCCAGUUCUGGUCAGCCCAGUUCAGUAGACUUCAUUGUGAGCACACAGCAUGAAAUUACACUACAGCUCAACAGCACUCCCGUCAACCUGGAGCUCUGCAGCGUUCCAUACCACUUCGGGGAGCACGGGAACUACUCUCUGUGGGCGAAAAACCUGAACGAUUCCUCGGUAGUAAACUGCUCCAUGGUGACUGUUGCAGACCCCGUCAACAGCUACAUACCGAUCUUGGUAGCUUUUCUUAUCUUUGCUGGACUGACGUUGGUGUCUGCCAUUGGAAAAAUAAUAUUAGGGCUGGAUGUAGUGAGGGCGUUCCUCUUCCGAAUCAGCAGCUCCAUGGAGACAGAGAGGCUCAUCAACUCUGAACUUGGCACCCCCGGCAGGACAGCUGCACCAGUAACGGACAACAUCCUCCCUCCACCACCCAGCCCCAGCAAGAGGCUGCGAUCUUUGGACACAUUCAGAGGUAUCUCCUUAGUUAUUAUGGUGUUUGUGAACUAUGGAGGAGGGCGAUACUGGUUCUUCAGACACGAAAGCUGGAAUGGCCUCACUAUUGCAGACCUAGUCUUUCCCUGGUUUGUCUUCAUAAUGGGCACGUCCAUCGCCCUGUCAAUCAACUCCCAGCUCCGUGCAGGCUCCACCCGCUGCUCGCUGCUGAGGAAAGUUGUGUGGAGAAGCAUGCAGCUAUUCAUCAUUGGUGUCGUCAUCAUCAACCCAAACUACUGCCAGGGACCUUUGUCUUGGAGCAACCUGCGGAUACCAGGUGUGCUGCAGCGCCUGGCCUGGUCAUACCUAGUUGUCGCCUGUCUGGACCUGCUGGUGGCAAGAGGUCAUUUUGACAUCUUUCCAAUGGACGCAUGGUGGUCUCCUGCCCUUGACAUCUUGCUGUACUGGCCGGCCUGGCUGUGUGUGCUCCUCUUAGAAACCCUCUGGCUCUGCCUUACUUUCAUCCUUCCUGUACCAGAUUGCCCAAGGGGCUAUCUUGGUCCAGGUGGGAUCGGGGACAUGGGCCUAUAUACUAACUGCACCGGUGGAGCGGCUGGUUUCAUUGACCGAUGGCUGCUUGGAGAAAACCACAUCUACCAGACCCCCUCGUCACGGGUGAUUUAUGCAACUCGUAUGCCUUAUGAUCCAGAAGGUGUUCUGGGCAGCAUCAAUUCGAUCCUCAUGGCUUUUCUUGGAUUGCAGGCAGGGAAAAUAAUCUUACACUACAGAGAUCUCCACACAAGCAUAAUGUCAAGGUUUCUAAUAUGGAGCCUCUCAUUGGGAGUCAUAUCAGCAGUCCUGACCAAGUGUUCCACAGACGAGGGCUUCAUUCCUGUCAACAAAAACCUGUGGUCUCUGUCCUAUGUGACAACACUGGCCUGUUUUGCAUUUGUGCUGCUAGUGAUGAUCUACUACACAGUGGACGUGAAACAUUGGUGGUCUGGAGCACCUUUCUACUACCCUGGAAUGAACUCCAUCCUCGUGUACGUGGGCCAUGAAGUGUUGGAGGACUACUUCCCCUUUCGUUGGCGAAUGGCCAACAGCCAGUCCCACGCUGAGCACCUCACCCAGAACCUCGUGGCUACUUCCUGUUGGGUUUUAAUCUCCUACGUGCUCUACAGAAAGAAGAUUUUCUGGAAAAUUUAAAAUGGGGCCAGACAACAAAACCAGAGGACAUUGUUUACAUCACAAUUGCUGGAGUUAGAACCUGAAAACAUUUGGAAAGCGGGAAACAAGAGACUGAUCGUAUUUGUCCAAACUAUGACGGUUCUCUGUCUCUGAACUUUGAUGGGUUUCUUCUUUCAAACAGCACCUCUUUUUUUCUUUCAUAUUUUCAAUUUUUACUCACUACUUUACCGGACCAUAAAUGUUUAAAGACUCUUUUUCCAAAGAUCUUCAGAUAUGAAGCGGCUGACCCCUGCCAAAUAUCUCAACUGACUCAGGAAUAACAUGGCCAAGAAUAGUUUGAAAAUUUAAAACUAUAAAGACUGACGUAGUUAAUCUGCUAUAUUUUAAAAAACACUGGUUUUCAUUCCUCAUCUUAUACUGACUAUAGUAGCAGGGUGUUGUAGUGGUUUAACAAGCCUACUUCUCCUUGGGGAUCACUGCAGCCAACUUAAGCACUGUUGCAUUGCUAUGAAGACAGACACCAAAUGAUGUACAUUCAAGAGAAAAGGCUACCAAGAAUGUAUUGUGUUUAUUUGGUAAUUUCCACUGCACAGUGGAAGAUGGAAGUGAUAUUUCAACAAGGGGAAAUACAGGUUUUAAAAAUGAAAGUUAAACCUCUGAGAUGCGUAUUGUUCCUUUCUUGUACUUCAUUUGUUAUUGUCGGCUUGCUCAAGUGUUUUCCCUUUGCAGUCCUCUGCUCCCCCUCCAACACUGCUCCCUUUCUCAGCAAGUGUCCAGUGGUGUGACAUAUGAUGCCGCUAGUUACCAUGUGUUGAGGGGGAGUGAAGGAGGGCAUGUUAGACUAUUGAAACACACGGGAAUCUGCUUGUUUUGCAUUUUGACUUGGAAACAUGGCAUGUGAUCUUUUUGGUCAGGUUUUUUUUUUUCUUUUUUAAAAGCCAUAAGUCAUUAAACUGCCUCUUUUGUGUGAGUCUUUACACAUGCCCCCCUUUCUCUAAGCAAGGAUUUGCUAUUUUUUUUUACCAUUUUUCACAUUUUGGUAAAAGAAUUUGGUCAUGGAUUUAUAAUUACUCCACUGUAUGUUUCCCAUGUACAGUAGUGUCAUUGUGAGAUUCUUGUUUGUUUUUUUUUUUGUUUUGUUUUUUUCUAUAAGCUUACCAUUGCUGCCACAAAAUAAAUGUGCCCCUUCUGUGAUUGACAGUUAAUACAAAUAUUCAUUUUUUAAAAAUACAUAUUUUACAAAAUCAUUUCUCAUUUCUAGAAUUUCCAAAUGCUUUGAGAGAUUUUGGUAUUAUUCUUCAUCUAGUACUGUCUUGAUUAAUGAAAUUCACUUUCAGACAAGUUUUUAUACAUUUAUUUUUUUAUAUUAACCAUUUGAAAGUAAGUUAAUGCAAUAAAAUUUAUUCCAAGA